UAAUCUAUUUUUAAAUAAUACGCUAAUUUUUGUAAAACUGACUAUAUACCAAGCAAUAUAUAUAUAAAUACAUAUAUAUUCACCAACACAAGCGCAACAAUGAAGCGUCAAUAAAGAAAAAAACAAUACUUACAAAUAUAGCCGUCCAGUCACCUCGACCACUUCACGCCCCACUGUCGACCCCACCAAGCUGAGCCUAUCAACAACUCCGUUGCCGCUCACCAUGUCCACGUACACACCUUUCUCGAAGCGCUCCCAUCAUGAUGACGAGCAUGAUGAACCGCAGCUGUCUUUUGUCUCCUUGAAUCUCGAUCACGAUCUCGAGAGUGGCGAAGAGGAGGCCAAAAACGAUGAGCACGACACUGAGCACGAACACGAACAUGAACAUGACAGCUUCGAUGCUGACGAUGAGGAGCCGGAGGAUGAGAAGAAGCGCACAUUGCCCGUCUAUGAGGGCAACAAUGAUUUGCAUAACGGCAACAGCAAAGAAUCAGCCGAACAUCAAGUCGAACAAGAUGUACACAACGAUGCACAACAACAACAACAGGAAGCGGGCGAAGAGGAGGACGAUGAUGCCGCCAACGAAGAAAACAACUCAGCUUCGCAUGAGGAUAGCGUUGAUGAUGUCGAUACCAAGCGCAAUACAGUUGGUGAAGAUCAAUUGAAGACAUUACCGGUACCGGCUAUCGCCGCGCCCGCCGAAGUACCCACCGUUGAGGUGCGUCUCAAGCAGAUCUCACAGGAGAUUGAAAAAAUGGCCGCUGCCAGCAAUGAAAAUCAACGACAUAAUCUGCCAGCGGCUGGUGUAUUACAUCAUGACAAUAACAACAAUGAUGUCGAUCGACAAUCGUUCCUCUCGCUCACCGAUCUCAUACGUACACUGCGUCCGAAUAAUAAGCAGAUCAUACCACAAAUCGAUUCGGAUUAUUCGAAUGCUAUGCGUGUGCUGGGCGAGACCUCAGAGGUGGUUAACAAUGAGGAUGUGCAUAAGUUCUAAAGCAAGGUUAUGUAAUGAAGAGGAAAAAGUGGAAUGGAGAGAGAGAGAGAAAGGAGAGCGAAAGCAGCAGAGCAAAAAAAGACAAGGAGUGACCUUCGAAAUGAGAGCGCGAUCAUGAGAAAAAAAUGAUAUUGAGAAAGAGAGCAAAAACAGUAAAAGAGAGCGAGAGAUCUUAGAGAUGCGAAAAGCGUUUUUGUGGAAAAAAGGAGAAAAUAUGCAAAUGUAUAAGAAAAGAGACAAAAGUAAAAAAGUUGAAUAAAGAGAGCGAAAGAAAAAGUAGCAGAGCUAAAAUGAAAAGAGAGAGGACUUAGAGUUGAGAGAU